AUGUCUGCGGUCAAUGCCUCUACGGUUUCGGAUGCCAUUAAACAUGAUCAUGCCGAGUUGAAGGAAUGCUACGAAAACAUCCUCCGUACACAGGACACCGACUCCAAGAUGCGUUGGCAGAACCAGUUCACGUGGGAAUUAGCUCGACACUCGCUUGGAGAGGAGCUUGUCGUCUAUCCGGCCAUGGAGCGGCAUCUGGGUCAAGCGAGUAAGGAGAUGGCUAACAAGGAUCGCAAAGAGCACCUCAAGGUCAAAGAACUUUUGUACAAGUUCCAGAAACUCUCGCCGUCGGAUCGAGGCUUUGAACCGCCCAUCAGGUCGCUCUGGUCCGAGCUAAACCAACACAUCCAGGAAGAAGAGUCCCACGACCUUCCGGCUCUCGAGAAGACCUUGGCAGAGGGUGAUUCGAAGUCUAUGGUGAGCAGUUUCGGGCGGAUGAAGAUGUUCGUCCCCACACGCAGCCACCCUUCGUCCCCAGACAAGCCUCCAUUCGAGACGGUUGCGGGACUGAUGGCCGCACCCAUGGAUAAACUGAAAGAUCUUUUCCGACGGUUUCCAGAGUAA